AUGGAGACUGACAAGCGCCAAUCGCUACUGGCCGUUCAACCGGACGAAGAGGUGUUUCCCUUCGACCAUCUGUUGUACACGCCGAAGCACACCGGCCUUCGCCACAGACGCGAACCGCAGCACGUUUCCGGCGUACGGGGGUGCCUGCGACGGUGGCGCAAUGGCGUGCUGACGUCUGACUGGCUAUACCUCACCCUGCUUGGACUGUCGAUGGGCGUCUUC